AUGGCUUCAAUCCUUCUGUAUAAGGACAAAGCAGCGGUGAAGGACUCUCGUAUGAAGAUUCUCUCAAGGAAGACCUUUUGGGUUGGAGAUAGUAUGGUGAAUUUGAAUAAUGUUGGGGACUUGUCUCAAGCACUCCGUGGAGCAGUAAAGGGUCUUAUUCGCAUCCUCUUUUCGUAUUUGAUUCUUACAUCAAAUAUCGACGCUACCACAGGAGUAAAAGAUCGGAACGGUGCCAUUCCCUGUGGAUAUUUCGCACGGAGUAGUCUAGGGGGUGAUCACUGCCAGCGUGCAUCGACGCAUUGCCUAAAUCCUUACCAUACAUCCAAAGAUUACGCAAGAAGCUCGCGAAAAACAAACAAGAAAAUAAAUCUAGAAGGAUUUCCCCGUAUUGACGAAGAAAUGGAGGCAAAACCACGAGUGAAGGUGGUAUUAUUGGAUAUCGAGGGCACGGUGUGUCCCAUUUCAUUCGUCAAGGAUGUGUUGGUAGGUAAACAGAAUAUCUCCUACUUCUUUCUUUCUACUGGUCAAUUUCUUCUGUAUCCCAUGCAAGAAGUCAUGGGUCGCAUCUUCUUUUUCCUAUCUCUUCUUGCAAUGACUGUUACCGUGUUGGUCGUCAGCGUUCUGUUUCAUUUUGUCUUGUUCCGAAGCAAGCACCUCAACCCCAUUGAUUUCAAAGCCCCACCAUAUACACGCCACUGGCUUUACCCCGCAAUGAGCAUGUCAUUCCCAUACGCUCUCGCAGCACUCCCAGAAACUCUAUCCACUGAAUGGGACUCCUCAUCCUUCCUUCCCUAUCGCUCCGCCUUUCCACCCGAACACAGCUCUACCCCUGAGGCACUCCUCUCUCAUGUUCGCGACCUCAUGGCUCAGGACCUCAAAAUCCCAUACCUUAAAUCUCUCCAGGGAUAUCUCUGGCUCCGCGGUUACGAAUCAGGGACACUGAAAUGUCCACUUUUCCCAGAUGUGUACCCGGCGAUGAAGAAAUGGAAAGAAAACGGAGCCAAGAUUUGUAUUUAUAGUAGCGGGAGUGUGGCCGCGCAAAAAUUGUUGUGGAGGUACACGGCCGAGGGGGAUUUGAGAGGUUGCAUCUGGAAUGGAGUCGAUGGGGCUGAGGAGAUCGAAGGUGGGUAUUGGGAUACGGUUAAUGCAGGGUUAAAACAGGAGAGCACGAGCUAUGAGAAAAUUGCCAAGGCAAACAGAGCCCUGGGAGAGGUAGGUGAAUGGUUGUUUUUGAGUGAUAAUGUUAAAGAGGUCAGAGCUGCAAAAGAAUCUGGAAUGAAGAGUUUUGUGGUUGUAAGGGAAGGGAAUGCAGAUGUCAGUGUAGAGGAGAAGAACAGACAAGUACUCAUUACGAGUUUUCGGGAGGUAGAGGCGAUGGUUGAAGUUACUGGUGAGAGUGCAUGA